AUGCAAACACAAACAACACAGCCUCGAACACCCCCAGUCUCCGGUAGGGGGGUGUUACAAAUACCCGGAGGAAAAACAAAAAAUAGAUUAAGAAUAGGUACCUGGAACGUUAAUAGUUUGUAUGAACCAGGUAAAUUUGCGAACACAAUUCAGGAAAUGCAAAGAUUAAACAUAGAUAUUAUGGGAAUUUGCGAAACAUGGUGGCCAAACGGUGGUGAAUGUUCGGCACAGGGCGUAAAAUUUUACUACUCUGGCAAUAAUUCUCCUAGUCAUCGGAAUGGUGUCGGUAUAAUAGUCACAGAACAUCUGGCCAAAUGUGUAACAAACUUUAUACCACUCUUAGACAGAGCAAUGUUAUUAAAAAUUAACACCAAACCUGUAGAACUAAAUGUAAUUCAAAUAUACGCACCAACGGCAGAAAAAGAUGAUGACGAGAUUGAAGGGUUUUACUGUGAAAUAGAAAGUUUACUAAAAUUAACGAAACCACAUGAAAUGACUAUUAUAAUGGGGGACUUCAACGCAAAAAUUGGUACCGGAAGAGUCAAUGAUAUAGUAGGUCCAUUUGGCUUAGGAACAAGAAAUGAUAGAGGUAACCGUCUAAUAGAGUUCUGUGAAGAAUUUAAAUUCAAAGUUACAAAUACGUGGUUUCGUUUACCACCUAGAAGACUUUACACCUGGAAAUCGCCGCAAGAUAAUGCAGGAAAUAUCGUGCGAAAUCAAAUUGAUUUUAUCUUAAUAAACAAAAGAUUUGCUACUUCUAUAAUGAAGGUUUCUACUUACCCGGGGGCUGACGUUCCAUCAGACCACAACUUAUUGCAGGCUAAUGUUAAAAUCAAAUUAGCAAGAAUAAUAAGAAAUCGGCAACAGUCAAAAUUAGAUGUAGGCAAAUUGAAAAAUGAUGAAAUCAAAUCUAACAUUUUUACUGAAGUUAACAACCGAUUAAAUACAAUUAUGAAUGAUAAUAUAGAAAACGUCAACAUAUAUUGGAAUAAAGUAAAAACAAUGCUAUAUGACACAUCUAAGAACAUUCUUGGAACAAAGAAAUCUGUUCCAAAACAAAGAUGGAUGACAACAGCAAUUUUAUCACUAAUGGAUGAAAGAAGAACACACAAAAAUAAAAAUAUUUCAAAAUAUCGUCGAAUACAAAAAGUAAUUAGAAAGGAAUGUCGGAAGGCAAAAGCAAAUUGGCUAAAGAAUGAAUGCGAACAAAUCGAACAAAUACAAAGUACACACAACGAUUUCAGCCUUCAUAGAAAAAUAAAGGAAAUAUCGGGACAAUAUCGUAAAUCAAAUCCAUCUAUUUUGGUAAAUCAUAGACACCAAAUAAUUGUUGAUAGCGAAGAAAGAAAAGAUUUCUGGGCAAAAUACAUUAAAGAGAUAUUCUCAGAUCACAAAAGACUUGAUAUUUCGAAUAACAACUCGUCAAGUAGGCAACUUACGGGACCAUCUAUAACACGAGAUGAAGUUCGAAAAGCUAUACAAUUAUCUAAAGAUAACAAAGCGGCUGGACCAGAUGAUUUACCGGUUGAAAUAAUAAAACUCAUAGAUGAUGAGAAAUUGAUGAUUCUGGAAAAAUUAUAUAAUCAUAUUUACGAUAGUGGACAAUUCCCUACAGAUUGUCUAAAAUCCACCUUCAUACCAUUGCCAAAAAAGAACAAUGCCAAAACAUGCAAUGAACAUCGUUUGAUAAGCCUGAUGAGUCACGCUUUAAAAAAAUUCUUGAAAAUACUACGUAAUCGAAUCUAUAAGAAAUGUGAAAAAAAUAUGGGUACAACCCAGUUUGGCUUCAAAGAUGGAACAGGAACGCGAGAAGCGUUCAAGCGUAUUUAG